GUUUAAAUUCCAACCAUUUUAGAUUUAUUUGUUUUUUAACUGGUCGGUUCUGUAGAUAUCGUGAUGUUAUUAGUUGGUAGUAAAUGUUAAUUUGUCCCCGGUAGUUCGGCGUGGCUGUGAGGACAAAAACACGUUUCUAACUUUCUAUAAAGUUGAAGAAAUGAAGAAAUACUGUUUCUGCAGUGUUUGGUUUAAACCCAUACAUCUGGUCAAUCAGUUGAUGUCCAGAUGUAUGGAUGAGUCUGCUUGAAGCUGAUGGUUUAAUGAGAAUGAACGUCUUUGUCUUCCUUGGAGGAGCAGAGGUCAGAGGUCAUCAUGGUCAGACAAAUCAGGAGGAUGGACAGGUGUUUCCUUCCUGCAGCGGGAGGCGGCGUAGCGAAGGUUCGAUUCCCUGCAGGUCCUCCAGCUCAGCAGGCACCAGGAAGCUGUGACGCCCGGCCUCACGGCAGUCGCGCCGCCGCGAGGGAGAAGAGAGCAGCUGAUGGGCGGAGCCAGGGAGGUCAGGGGUCAGAUGGAGGUUCAGGAGAGGCUCAGCUGAAGAGAGCGCGACAGAAUGGAACUGAGGCGGCUGCAGCUCUGACCAAUAGGAGCAAAGCCCCCGGGUCAUGUGACCCAGCAGGAGAUGGUUCUGGUUCUGACCAGCAGGGGGCAGCAGAGGACAGCCGAGCAGCUCAGCUGCAGAGCGUGGCCUCCCUGAAGGUCACCAUCCAGCAGAGCAGCGACAGCCGAGCGUUCGGUCCGGCGGACAGGAGCUCUGCUGCUCUCCGCUGCCAUGUCUGCAACCUCACCUGUCGCUCCCCGCAGGUGUUUCAGGAUCACAUGUCAGGGCGAGAACACCUGAGGAAGCUGCAGGACAUCACACAGAGCGUCCAGCUCAACGCCGGCCCCCUGCUGGACAGGGGGCGUCGGCCACAGGCGCAGCGCUGGUGUGACACCUGCCAGGUCCACUUCAGCGGUGACAUCAUCGCCCACAGACGGACGGAGCAGCACAAGGUGAGAGCAGGACGUCUGAGAGCGAGCUGCAGGCGGGGGGCUCCCUCACCGGGGUGUGUGUGUGUGUGUGUGUGUGUCAUCCAGGUGUGUAAGCAGCGGGGGCGGCCCUUCUGUCCGGUCUGUCAGAGACACUUCAGGACGCCCAGGAAGUUUGUGGAGCACAUAAAGUCUGUGGAGCAUAAGGAGCAGCUGAUGACGUCAUCACCUGGCCUCCAGGUGCAGCUGGGGGACGAGCAGGAGGAGGAGCUCAUCACUGUGGACGCUGUGGGCUGCUUCGAGGAAGAGGAGGAGGAGGUGGAGGUGGUAGAUGAGGAUGAAGAGUCGGCGCCGUCUGAGGUUCAGGGGUCAGAGACUGUUGAUGCCAAAGAGUCGGAAGAAGAAGAAGAAGACGACGAGUUCGACCCCCAGCUGACUUACGGAAGCAGCUUCGUGGUUCCGGUUCACGGCUUCGUCUGUCGGCUCUGCAACAAAUUCUUCUACAGAGAGACGGCAGCGAGACACACACACUGCAGGACACACACACACUUCCUCAAGCUGCAGAACCACAGAGCUCAGAGACGAAGGGAAGAGGAAGAGGAGGAUUUGCCCUGACCUCACGACUCCAUUUCCCAGAAUGCAUCAGAGGAUCAUGGUGACGUCAUGAUGCUCUGAGAGCUCCUGGUCUCCACCUGGUGGCCGCUGCAGGAACAGCAGCUGUGUCCCUUAAAGGAGCAGAGCGCUGACUGAACGCUGGGCAGGAAUGGAGCUCCGUAGCUUCAGUUUAUACAGCAGCAACAUCAGCAGGUCAGAGGUCAGAGGAAAAACCAGCUGCUGCUUCUACUGGUUUCCAGUCCUGGUUCUGGUCCGACUGGAGGAGUUUCCAGUUAGAAUAAUGACCACAACUUAUUGACCGAUCAAUCACACCGAUCAUCACCAGAAACCAUUUUUAGGAUUUUCUUUGCAAUAAAAAAGAAACGCUAGCAUUAGCAGUUAGCAUUGCAGUGCUAACUGAUUUUCAUUGAGACAAACUGCAGGAAGUGACGGAUCCACUGUGAUGAAAACUGAUUUGAUAAAUAAAAUCAUCCUAAAGGUUCUAUUUGUGCAUCCAGAGGGCCGCAUGAGGAGCUACGGCGGGCCGGAUUUGGCCCCCGGGCCUCGAGUUUGACACCUGUUCUGGAUGAUCAUUUUUUAACGGAUAGUAAAUAAUUUAAAGUGAAUUUUGUAAAUAAUUUGAAAUGAGCAGAUUUAUGGCUGUUUGUUUUGAUGUUUUUACCUGUAAUGCCUGUUUAGGUUUGUACCUGCAGGCUGCCGUAGCCAAUGAGGGCAGGAGGCCUUCAGGUGCAUCAUGGGAAAAAGACCAAACCUCAGCCUGGUUUGGCUGUUUGCAUCUUAAAGCUCAGAUUUUGUAUUUUAAUGUUUGUGUUUAGUUGCCAUGGUGAUGAUGAUGAUGAUCUGGAUCAAAGAAAUAAAACACUGA